AUGUCGUUGGCUGAAGAACUUAUGGCUGAUUUUGACGAUGAUGAUGAUGAUGACGAGUUAGACGAACUUCUUGAGCAACAAAAUGAAUUUAAAAUACCGAAAAAAGAGGAGAUAAUUGAAGAAGAUGAUGGAAUUGAAGAAGCGACGGAAGAAGCGAUGGAUGUUGGAAAAUAUCAAUCAGUUUUUGACGUGGCGAAAUUGGCAAAAGGAGAGGAAUAUGUGAGACUUGUUGAACAAUUGACAACUGAAUUAGAACGACCCAAUGAAGAUGUUAUUUUAACGGCGCCGUUGGAAGCAGAUCCACAAUAUAAAUUGAUUGUUCGAUUGUCGCAUGUGAGUGAGCAUUUGUUUUCAGUCAAAAAUUCAAUAUUUUUGCAGAUAGCCGCAGAUAUCGAUAACGAAAUCAAUGUGAUUCACAAAUUCGUGCGCGACAAAUACGAAAAACGUUUUCCCGAGCUCGAAACCCUUGUCCCAAAUGCUCUUGAUUACCUGGCAACUGUCCAAUUAUUGGGAAACGAUAUCAAUACAAAAGGGCAAAAUAAAGAGCUUUUGGGGCGAAUAUUAGCACCAGCAACUUGUAUUGUAGUUAGUGUAACUGUUUCAACAACCCAAGGUACAAAAUUAGAGCAAGAAGAGUUGGAUACUGUAAUGGAGGCGUGUAAUUUGGCUGAAAAAUUGCAUAUGGAUAGGUUGUGUAUGCAUAGAUUGGUUGAGAUUCGAAUGUCAUUGAUUGCUCCGAAUUUGGUGAAUCUUUUGGGUGCUUCAACUACAGCUCUUUUGGUUUCACAAGCUGGUGGAUUAGCACCGCUUUCUAGAAUGCCUGCUUGUAAUGUACAAGUAUUGGGGAAGCAAAAGAGGAAUUUGGUGGGAUUUUCGAGUGUUUCUGUUAAUCCACAUCAUGGUUUUGUUUAUUUUCAUCCGUUGGUUCAAUCGAUGCCGCCAGAUUGGAAAUCGUAAGUUUUUAGGUUGUGAAAUGACGUGGCAAUUUGAAUUUUCAAUAGGUCAGAAUUCAAAAAUCGAUAUUUUCACCCUAGAGGAACCAUUUUUAGACUGAAAAUAUCGAUUUUUCCCAUGAAAGUGAUAGAAUUUCCCAUUGGAUUUUUCACCAGAAAUCACUUAAAAACCCGCCGAAUCUGAAAUUUUCCCUAAAAAUUGGUUUUUCUAUGAAAAAUCGAGGUUUUAUGAAAAAUUUCAAGAUUCCGCACAGGGUAACCUAUCGCUAAUUUUUAUCGAGCGGAGCGAGUGUAGACCGCAAGCUUCCGCGUAGGCGGUACUAUCUUCCGCGCAGCGGACACGUGGAUUACUAUGAUAUGGCAAACGUCAUAAUAAACCGCGUGGCCACUUCACGUGAGCUUGUGGAUUACACUCGCUUCCCUCGAAUUGUCACCUGAAAAUGCUUAAAAACCCGCCGAAUCUGCAAAUUUUCUCUAAAAAAUUGGUUUUCCAGGGGUGCCGUUUGGGCACCCACAGGGCACCCUAAUACCCACAGUUCGGCGGGUACACCCGGGUGGGUAUUUUCAUUGAAAAAUGACAGAACGGGUGGGUAUACCCGGGCACACCCAGAUACCCAAAAUGGGCCUUCGUAUUUGAUUUUUCGUACUAAUUUAUUUUCGAAUUUUUUUUGGAAAUUGUGUUUUUUUCAUGAAAAGUGGUCAGUAACAUGAAAAAUUGGUCUAAUCUGUAGAAAACUUUCAAAAAAAUCAGCUUUUUUUCUCGAAAUUUUACUAUUUUUCGUGUUGUAAACACACAAAAGACUUUCUAUAAGUUGAGUAUGAGCACAUAUUCUCUCAAAGGUUGAUUUUAUCACGAACUCUUUCAUUUUUAUGUAAUUUGGUGUCGAAGAAAAACAUAUUCUUUCUUUUUUCUAAAAUAUAAUGCAUUUUAAGUUAUUUUAGAAGUCAACCAAAUCGAUAAAAUAGAACUUUAUCGAUCGUUUUUGUUGCAUAUUAGUUUUUCAAUCAAAAAUCACUCAUGUUUUAGCUAAAUUCGUCCAAUAACAUGGAUAAUAGCUAAACAGAACAAAAAAAUCAAAAAUUUGCAUCAUACCCAAGGGUGCCCUAAGGGUGCCCACACCCAACCCGGGUAUUUGACACUCAGGUCGAUGGGCCUCAAUACCCGGGUAUUUUUCGAUUUACCCGGGUGGUGCCCGGGUAUACCCAGAUAUCAACGGCAGCCCUGGGUUUUCUAUCGGAAAAUCGAGGUUUUAUGGAAAAUUUCUAGAUUCCGCACAGGGAAAUCUAUCGUCAAUUUUUCAUCUUUUCCUAGAAAAACUGCCAAAAUCCUAGCAGCCAAAGCAACUUUAGCUGCUCGAAUCGAUGCUCAACACGAAUCACCAACUGGAGAUUUGGGAAAAGAUUUAUUGGAAGAUGUAAGACGGAAAAUGGAGAAAAUGUUGGAACCGCCACCGGUUAAAGCGAAUAAAGCAUUGCCAAAACCAUUGGAUAAGGUAGGCGGGAGGUUUUUUGGCUGAAAAUUCACUUUUUUCUCAAUUUCAGGCAAGCAAAAAACGAGGAGGUCGAAGAAUGCGAAAAAUGAAAGAAAGACUUGGAAUGACGGAUUUGAGAAAAGCACAAAAUCGUAUGAAUUUUGGAGAAUUACAAGAAGAUGUUAUGCAAGAACAUAUGGGAAUGGAUGUUGGACAGGUUGGGAAUUUGGUGUAAAAUUCAUCGAAAAUGGACCAGAAAUCGUGAAAAUUCGAUUUUUUGGACCCAAAAAUAGCCUUCCAAACUCGAAAAUUUCCCGAUUUUUAGCUUUUCCCCCCACUAUUUUUCCAAUUUUUUCAGAACAAGAGUGGAAAUGUGUCAGGUGGUCGAAUUCGUCAAGCAGUAAUUGAUCAAAAAACGCGAGCCCGAAUGUCGCAAAAAAUGCAGAGACAAUUGGAAAAACAAAAAGCGGCUGGUGGAAUGACUAGUUUGAGAACUAAGGUAGGUUUUGGCUGGAAAAAUCUGGAAUUUUCUGGCUGAAAAUUCCACUGAAAAUUGUGAAAAUCCAGAGUUUUUUAUGAAAACAUGAGCUUUCGCUUGAUUUUUUCGAGCGGAGCGAGUGUAGACCGCACGCCCCCGCGCGGCAGCCACGUGGAUUACUAUGAUAUGGCAAACGUCAUAAUAAACCGCGUGGUUGCUAACGCGGAAGCUUGCGGAUUCACCAGAAAUCGCUUGAAAACCUGCCGGAUCUGAAAUUUUCCGUAUUAAAAUUGAUUUUUCAACGAAAAUUCGAGGUUUUAUGGAAAAUUUCAAGAUUCCGCACAGGGAAAUCUAUCGCCAAUUUUUUAAGACGCAAAUGUAGACUUAGGCUAACUUCCCAGAUUUGCUUAAAAUUCCAAUUUUGCAGAUUGCUGGAACAGCUUCCUCAGUCAAUUUCACUCCAAUUCAAGGUCUAGAAAUUGUGAACCCAUCAGCAAGAGAAUCAAAAGAUCAACCAGGAACAUCUUCGAAUUAUUUCUCAUCUUCCGGAAGUUUUGUCAAUAUUGAUCGAAUGACCCUUUGA